GAUAGUUCUGACUGAAGAGGAAGGGGAAAUGGGGGAAGCUGUUAGGGACCAAAACUGUGUAGAAUGAGAAGAAUUUCCAAUAAUAAAAAACUGUGAAUCAUUGUCGACACGAGGUCCUCCAGUCAUCGUAGGAAUGAGCAUCAACAUAGCAAGCAUCGACUCCAUCUCAGAAGUAAACAUGGACUACACCAUCACAAUGUAUUUCCAGCAGAGCUGGCGAGAUAAGCGUUUGGCCUAUAGUGAGCUGAACCUAAACCUGACUCUGGACAACCGUGUAGCAGACCAGCUGUGGCUCCCUGACACCUACUUCCUUAAUGACAAGAAGUCCUUUCUUCAUGGUGUGACAGUAAAAAACCGUAUGAUCCGACUGCACCCAGAUGGCACUGUCUUAUACGGGCUGAGAAUAACCACUACUGCUGCCUGCAUGAUGGACCUGAGGAGGUACCCUCUUGAUGAACAGAACUGCACCCUGGAGAUUGAAAGCUAUGGAUACACCACAGAUGACAUCGUGUUCUUCUGGCAAGGAGGAGACACCGCCGUGACGGGUGUCGACAAGUUAGAGUUACCUCAGUUCUCCAUUGUGGAACUCCGCCUGGUGUCCAGGGAGGUGCGGUUCAUUACAGGUUCAUAUCCAAGGCUUUCGCUAAGUUUCAGGAUUAAGAGGAACAUUGGAUAUUUCAUCCUGCAGACGUACAUGCCCUCCAUCCUGAUCACCAUUCUCUCCUGGGUCUCCUUCUGGAUCAAUUAUGAUGCCUCUGCAGCUCGGGUGGCCCUGGGUGUGACAACGGUGCUUACCAUGACAACAAUUAACACCCACCUUAGGGAGACUCUCCCAAAGAUUCCGUAUGUGAAAGCCAUCGACGUCUACCUCAUGGGCUGUUUUGUGUUUGUGUUCCUGGCCCUGCUUGAAUAUGCCUUUGUAAAUUACGUGUUCUUUGGCCGGGGCCCUGCGCAACAGAAGAAAAUCAAUGAGCGGCUGAACAAAGCCAACAACGAGCGCACAAGAUACGAAGAGAAGCGCCUGAGGGAACAGGACUCCAUUUCCGUGCCGUUUCAAACCAACACCUUCAGGUCAUUUACACAGCGAAGAAAUCUGUAUCUCGAGGAGCAAAGAAAAGUUGGGGUGGAUGCAUACGGAAACAUCCUCCUCAACACGCUGGAGAUGAACAACGAAGUGAUGCCUUCUGACGUGGGGAGCAGCGUCAGUGACUCUCGGAAUUCGGUCAUGUCCUUCGACAGCUCCGGGGUCCAAUUCAGGAAGCCCAUGGCGCCCAGAGAUGGCUUUAGCCACCACUCGCUGGACCGGAGCGCCAUGCGGAGCCGGGCCAACUGUCGGCUACGACGACGCUCCUCCAAGCUCAAGUUGAAAAUCCCAAACCUGUCAGAUGUGAGCACCAUUGACAAGUGGUCCCGGGUCAUUUUCCCCAUCACCUUUGGAUUUUUCAACCUAAUCUACUGGUUGUACUAUGUGAAUUGAUGUGCAUCCCACUAGGAAUCAUGGGCCAUAUUUUGAGAGCACAUUAAAUUGGCUUUGAUACAGUUCCAAAAUAUGUAUACACAUAUACAAAUUGAACAUAUGUAUAUGCAUAUUUCUAUAUAUUAUAUUUAUAUAUACACGUGUGAAAUCUGAAGGACCUUUCUGCUGUACAAAAUAUUAAUAGGAUGACUUGAAUGUUUAAGAAUAAUUGUGACUGAAGAAUUUCAAGGCUUUGAGUUUCUUUUUCCUCCUGAAACAAACAAACAAACAGACGAACAAACAAACAAACAAACAAACAAACACGAGAUCCCACCCCCAGGGGUUUUUGGAACUAAAGACUGCAUGAUAUUUUUGCUAAAAAAGAAAACAGGAAAAAAGAGAAAGUGAACGCUCUAGAGAGAGAAAAGAUGUCUCAGAGUCCCAUCGACUUUUUAUUGAAAACUUAUCGUCAUCGAGAAUCCUCUUCUGCAGCUCAUGAAAUCAGUGGUGGCUCGUCCGCGCAGGCAUCAGCUGAGUGAGGUCCUUGACGCCACACUCCAGAAGCCCUGCCCCAC